AUGUCGGCCUCGUCGUCUGCACAGGCGCUGGAAUACUUGGAGGGCCUGCCUAUUGCUACGCAUAAGAGGCUGUAUGAGCAGCCCUCGACUGUGUUGGCGGUGUACCGCUGCAUGCUGCCGCAUCUUGCCAAAUCCAUAGUCAUGGCAAUGCUCUACAGACCCUCGUCCUUCCCCGUAGCCGACCUCGACGCAUGGUUCAAGCCCUCCGCCCGCAGAGAGAAGGAACAAGCCGUAUUUACCCUCGAACGCCUGCACAUUAUCGCCCAAGUGAAACAAGAUGACGGCACCAUGGCAUGGACAAUCAGCACAGGCUUCCAGCAGAGCCUACGAAACGCCCUCGAGGGCUCUGGUACGCACCGCUCGUUUGGUGUCCCAGCAACUAGAGAAGAGAGUGGCGGAAAGCGAUUGAGCGUAGAUUUCCUGGACGAAUACUCGAGAUCGCAGUGGGAGGGUAUACUGUACUAUCUGGUUAGCGGUGCGGCUGGGCUCAGCAAGGACAGUAUCUCGCGAGCCGAGGUCGGUCCUGGAACGAAGAAGCUGUUACACACUGGUGAUCUUGUGAGGACUAUACAUGGGAGUCCGAGGAUCACGAAAGAUGGUUUCUCUUUUGUGCUGCAAGAGACGAAUGCACAGGUCUGGAGUUUGUUGAUCGUGUAUCUGAAGAUGACGAACGAAGUAAGUGUUGAAUCUCACCCCUGCAACGACUAUCCUCUUCGGAAGCAGUCAACACCUCCAGGAAACGGUCCUAACAUCAAUACCAAGCUCGGCAUGUCCGAAACCGAAGUCCUGUCCUUCCUCUUCAUGCUCGGCUCCCUUGAACUAGGCCAAGAUUACUCCACAUCCACACUCUCGCCUACACAAGCCCAAAUGCUCGAGGAUCUCUCCUCAAUGGGCCUCAUCUACCGCUCCGACAAGAACGCACGAACCUUCUACCCAACCCGCCUCGCCACAACCCUGACCUCCGACUCCGGCAGCGCCAUGUCCGCCUCCUCCAACGACAUUGCACAAGCCAACCAAGGCAACGCAGGUCCCUCGGCCGCCGCAAACAAAGGCUUCAUCAUCAUCGAAACAAACUACCGCCUCUACGCCUACACCAACAGUCUGAUCCAAAUUGCCAUUCUGAGCUUAUUUACCAAACUCCAACACCGCUUCCCCAAUCUCGUCUCGGGUAAACUGACAAAGGAAUCUGUUCACAAAGCUGUACAGUCGGGUAUCACUUCUUCGCAAAUCAUCUCCUAUUUAACCACGUAUGCGCAUCCCCAGAUGCAGAAGACGGUUCCGUAUAUUCCGCCCACGGUCAUGGAUCAGAUUCGGCUGUGGGAAUAUGAAGGCGAGAGGGUGGAGACGACUACGGGCUAUCUUAUGCGCGAGUUUGGUAGUGAUGCAGAAUAUAGGGAUGUCUUGGGCUAUGCGAGUGCGCUUGGGGUAUUGGUUUGGCAGAAUGAUGCUGGGAGGUGCUUUUUUGUGUCUCAUGUUGAGCAGAUUAGUGCGUAUUUGAGGAAGAAGAAGGAGAGUAGGGAGAGUGCUAGGGCGGGGAGGUAG